CUGAGGCACUGAGCGACAGCGGCCCCGGCGCGGCGCCCGUCUGCAGCCCGGCCCCGGUGAGGACCAUGACGAGCCCGGAGGACGACCUCAUCGGCAUCCCCUUCCCCGAGCACAGCAGUGAGCUGCUGAGCAGCCUCAACGAGCAGCGGCAGCUGGGAGUGCUCUGCGACGUGACCAUCAGGACGCAGGGGCUGGAGUACCGCACGCACCGGGCCGUGCUGGCCGCCUGCAGCCGCUACUUCCAGAAGCUGUUUGCGGGGCCGGGGCCUGGGCAGGAGGUCUGCGAGCUGGACUUCGUGGGGCCCGAGGCACUGGGCGCGCUGCUGGAGUUCGCCUACACGGCCACGCUCACCAUCAGCAGCGCCAACAUGGGCGAGGUGCUGCAGGCCGCCCGGCUGCUGGAGAUCCCCUGCGUCAUCGCCGCCUGCGUGGAGAUCCUGCAGGGCAGCGGGCUGGAGGCGCCCGGCCCCGACGCCGGCGACCGUGAGCGGGCCCGCCGCUACCUGGAGGCCUUCGCCGCCCUGCCCGACGGUGCCGCCGCCGCCGCGCCGCCCUCCCGCCCUGUCGCCCGCCGCAGCAAGAAGACCCGCAAGUUCCUGCAGGCCCACAGCGCCCGGCUCAAAAACCACGCCGAGGAGUUGCCCCCCGCGGCCACCGCCGAGGCGGGCGGCAGCCCCCCGCCAGCCCCCCAGCCGCCCUCGCCCCCGCUGCCGCCUGCGCCCCGGGUGCUGCUGCCCGCCUACGAGGGCUACGAGGCGCCCGAGGAGGAGGAGGAGCUGCCCCCGCACGCUUUCCCCUUCCCCUACCAGCCGCCGCUGUCCCCCGAGGAGGCCGCCUCCGAUGAAGACGCCAUCGACCCCCACCUCAUGGCUUACCUGAGCUCGCUGCACCACGAGUCGCUGGCGCCCGGGCUGGACACCCCCGACAAGCUGGUGCGCAAGCGCCGCUCGCAGAUGCCCCAGGAGUGCCCUGUCUGCCACAAGGUCAUCCACGGCGCCGGCAAGCUCCCCCGGCACAUGCGCACGCACACGGGCGAGAAACCCUUCGCCUGCGAGGUCUGCGGGGUGCGCUUCACGCGGAACGACAAGCUGAAGAUCCACAUGCGCAAGCACACGGGCGAGCGGCCCUACUCCUGCCAGCACUGCAGCGCCCGCUUCCUGCACAGCUACGACCUGAAGAACCACAUGCACCUGCACACGGGCGCCCGGCCCUACGAGUGCUACCGCUGCCACAAGGCCUUCGCCAAGGACGACCACCUCCAGCGGCACCUCAAGGGCCAGAACUGCCUGGAGGUGCGGACGCGCCGCCGCCGCCGCGACGAGCCACCGCCGCUGCCCACCGGGCCACCGGGGCUCGACCUGUCCAACGGGCAGCUUGAGGAGCUGCGCUUCUCCCUGGCCCGCUACUGGGGCCCGGCGCGGCCCGACGAGGAGGAGGAGGAGGCCGAGGCUGAGGCCGAGGCCGAGGCUGAAGCCGAGGACGGGGACGGACCGCAGCCGGACGGCGUCGUGUCCGUGGAGACAGCGUAGAGCCGGCCGGGGCCGCCCCGUCGGGAGGCGGCGCCAGGACGCCUGGGUCCCCCGCCGCCGCGCCUCCCGACGAGGUUUCUGUUCCUUUUUUCCGCGUCUCGGUUUGUUCUGAAUUAUGCAAGGGGGAAACUCCCCCCCGGCGGAUUUGCACAAAGGGGCGGGGGGCCCCGCCGCGCCCCCCUCGGGCCCCAACGCCCCCGCGGGGCCGCGGCCCCGAUGCC